AUGGAGAUUGGUUUAAGAAAAGCUGAUCUUGGUGAAAUGGUGAAGGAAGAGAAUAAAGCAGCUGAAUCUGAUGGUGAUGAACGAGGUUCUGCAGAAAAGAUUGUUCUUCAGGAUUAUCGACUUGAAAGGAAGAAAGCUGAAAUGGGUAAAGUUAUAGAAGAAAAUCAAAGGCUGAAAAUGUAUUUGGAAUUAAUUCUGAAGGAUUACAGGGCUCUACAGAUGCAAUACAAAGAUUUUGUUCAACAAGAACCUAAAAAAUCUACAAGUGCAUCUGCAGUUAAUAUUCAUCAAAAUACAGAAGGAUCUGAACUUAUGUCUCUUAGCUUAGGAAUAUCAAGUUCAAGUGACAGAAAAAAUGAUAAAACAUACUCAAUAACCAAAAGAAAAGUGGAUGGAGAAGAUAAAGCAGGUUUGGCUCUUGGAUUGAUCUGCAAGUUUAAAGGGCCCAAAACAACCCCGGCCGAGUCUUCUACGAAUAAUCUGAGCUCUGAGAAUAGCAUAGAAGAAGUAAAGAAGGAAGCCAUGAAGAUCUGGCCACAAAAUAAAUUCCCAAACACAGUGAAAAAUAGAGAGCAUGAGGUCUCCCUACAAAACCUGACGAAAAGACCUAGGGUUUCCGUAAGAGUCAGAUGUGACACACCAACGAUGGAUGAUGGAUGCCGAUGGAGGAAAUAUGGACAGAAGAUUUCGAAAGGAAACCCACGCCCAAGAGCAUACUAUCGUUGCGCUGUUGCACCAUCCUGCCCAGUGAGAAAACAGGUGCAAAGAUGUGUAGACAACAUGUCCAUCUUGUUAACAUACGAAGGGAUACAUAACCAUCCACUUCCGGUUUCAGCCACAGCAAUGGCCUCCACCACCUCGGCCGCUGCCUCCAUGCUAAUUUCAGGUUCAAAAACCUCCAUUUCAGGGACAAAUUUCAAUGGACUUAACUUUUACUACCCAAAUUCACCAAUCUCAUCUUCGCCUUUGUGCCCAUCAAUCACCCUCGAUCUAACUCCAACAUCAUUCCCAUCCUCUUCGUUGUCUCAUCUAAGUCGACUACAUAAUUUUACUCAAACGCAUUCAACUACAAACUUCAACUUUACUUCUUUGGAUACAAAUGCUUUCCCAAUUUCUUGGACUAACGGGAUCCAUAACUACGGAAAUCAACAUUGUUCCAACAAGAACCAAAUUUGUUCUUUUAACUUUGGAGCACAACCUCAAGAAACUCUUCAUUGGCAAUCUUUAUCAUCACAAGAUACCAUUGCUGCUGCAACUAAAGCCAUUACGUUGAACCCGAGAUUCCAGUCUGCAUUAUCAGCUGCUCUAACAUCAGUCAUUGGAUCUGGCAGUGCCCAGCAGGGAAAUCAAACCUUGGCCGACAAUAAAUCUAGCCAAAAUACUAAGUCAAGCGAGCCAUUUCCUGUUCUGUCUAGUUUUCUAUCAGCCGCAAACGCGAACAAAUGUGCGCUGAAUUUUCUGGACAAAUCACACGACAGAGAUCAUUUAAUCUAA